AUGAGUGAAAUCAAGACACCAUGUCCCUCUACUAAUGGCGGCUCGGCUUCUCAAGCAAUACCAGUGAAUUCAAAGGCUGCCAAGAAAGCUGCUAAGAAAGCUGCUAAGAAAGCGUCAAAACGGUUCAUCAAAGAACAGUCUUUGAGAGAAGCUCAAGAGACACUGGAAUCUGGCGUGGCCAUCGGGAGGCUAUUCCACAAAGACAAACUAGUGGACAAACCCCAGGCAGUCUAUGUUGAUACCUCCAGCACCUUGAGCAACUUUUCAGCGCCAACAGUAACAGUAUAUGGAAUGGAUUUUGCAAGCCACGAUCUGCCUGGACAUAAAAGGAAAGAUAAGAACAAAAGAAAGAAGGCGACGGCGGUUGCGAGCAUCACUGCGGAAGAUGCGCAAGUCACCGCGUUCACACAGCCUACAAGGGAAUAUGCAUACAGCUGUCUUGGACCAGUGGACCCCAGCGCGCUGAGGAAGUCCUACUGGGUAGACUGA